AUGGCGCGUAAACGUCACAGAAAGUCCAAAGCACACAGCAACGAGGACGAACGCGAGUCUGGAGACGAUGAACGCACCAGUCCCACCAUCGCACCGACCGAACCUCGCCUGACCCCCCAACAAAGGGCUGGAAUUCAGGUGGCUUACCAGAAGCGCCAGGCUGAGGCCCAAAAGCUCGCGGACCAAGUUGCGAAGGAACGUGCCACUGCUCGACUUGACCGCCUUCUCCAAGCUGGUCGCGAGGAAGUUCAGGCCAUCCUCGAACGCGAAACUGCUGAUCGUCGCCAACACGUGGAGCAGGAGAUUGCUGAUCGUCGUCGAGAGAUCGCCGAAGAAGAAGCUGCUUUCCGCCAGCUCCGCCAACAGAUGGAGCAGGAGGCUUCUGCUUUGCGCCAACAGAUGGAGCAGGAGGCUUCUGCUUUGCGCCAACAGAUGGAGCAGGAGGCUGCUGCUUUGCGCCAACAGAUGGAGCAGGAGGCUGCUGCUUCCCGUCAGCGCAUCGAGCAAGACGCUGCGCAGCAACGUCAGCAAUCCGAAUCGGCUUUGGCUGGCGAGAUAGCGGAGGCUCGAGCGCGAGAAGACAGCCGCCUCGCCAGCGAAUACACCGAGCGGGAAGAUGACCUGAACCAGCAGCUGGAGGCCUACCGUCAACGAAGCGAGGCCGACAUCGAAGCAUCUCUGGCCCAGCGUUGGACCGAUGGAUGCGAGAAAGUCGAUGACGAGCUUGCUCGCCAGUUGGAGCUUCGAUUGGAGGAAGCGGCGGACGAGCUUCUAGAGCAGCGAGCGCAGCACACGGUGCCCGUUCUCCCUGCUUGGUGGCUCAGGAAUGGCAGUGCACAACCGGCGGGAGCGCAAGGGGCUGACCAAAGAAUGGAAGAGGACACAGAGCCGGGCGCAGAGGAGUGGGUGAACCCUGAGUGGCGAGCGAUGUACCAGAGGAGCACGGUGGAUGCGGCGCCGGGGACUGCGGCUGAUCAACCGGGAACGAUGCAUGGCGACCGGCUCAUCACGGAUGACUCCAGUGAGGAGGGUAGUUCAUGGUACUCCCCGACGGCGCAGUUCCGCCGCCACGUCCACGUUCCAGAGACGCCGAGUUUCGACCUCGAGGACAUCGGCACUGCGGCUGAUCAACCGGGAACGAUGCAUGGCGACCGGCUCAUCACGGAUGACUCCAGUGAGGAGGGUAGUUCAUGGUACUCCCCGACGGCGCAGUUCCGCCGCCACGUCCACGUUCCAGAGACGCCGAGUUUCGACCUCGAGGACAUCGGCACUGCGUUGGUCGAUGCGCACAAUGCUCCUCCGGCAUCUGUCCACGGGCGCCAAGUCUCAGCCGACACCGACAUCGGGGCUCCACAGCCUCCAGCCGAGGCUCCGUCCUCGCCAUGA